UAUAGCACAACACCAACACAUACUCCUUUUGUCUCCUUAACACUCUCUUCCUUCCAACAUCAAAAUGUCUGCAAAUAUCACUUCAUCAUCAUCCUUCUUCAGCCAUCCGAACCAUAAUCCCAUCAAGAAAACAUCCAAACCAGUAUUAAUGCUUGCAAAUAAAGACUCCCCAAACACAUCUUCUUCAUCUCUCAUUCGGGUCGGAUCAUCCAUCAAGAUAAAAAAGGUUUUUGAAGACAAAUCUAGAGGCAUAGUUUGUUAUAUGGAUGAUAAUGGGGAGAUAACAUGUGAAGGAUUUGAUGAAGGGCCUCGCCUGCAUCAAGGUUCUUCAAGAUUUUCUUGUUAUCCUAGAGGAAAACAAGAUAUUGUUGAUCUUCUUGAAAGGAGUUUGCUUCAAGUUACUGAUGGUGGUAAACUCAACUAACCAUGGUUGACAAUCUUCUAAGUUCUAACUCAUGUAUAUGUAGAGAUGGAGGGAGAAUCCAUCCUAGCCGUUGAAUAAUUGAUCUGAGAUGAACAGUCAUGCUUGUAAAUUGUUAUGCAGAGACACCCAAAAGAAUUUAUAUAUGUAUACUUGUGUGUGUGUGUAUAAUGAAAUAAAAUCUAUUCUUGGGUUUAUAAAAA